AAUACAGACCGAAACGGAGUGGGGUUUGGGCUCUCCCCUUCGCACGUAAUGGGAGGAGUCCGGCCGGACCCAGUUCUUUCCUUUCGCUGCGGCGGCCGCGGCCAUGAGUAUGCUCAGGCUUCAGAAGAGGCUGGCCUCCAGCGUCCUCCGCUGUGGCAAAAAGAAGGUCUGGUUGGACCCUAAUGAGACCAAUGAAAUUGCCAACGCCAAUUCCCGUCAGCAAAUUCGGAAACUGAUCAAAGAUGGCCUGAUCAUUCGCAAGCCUGUGACGGUCCAUUCUCGGGCUCGAUGCCGGAAGAACACCUUGGCUCGCCGGAAGGGCAGGCACAUGGGCAUCGGUAAGCGAAAGGGUACGGCCAACGCCCGGAUGCCAGAGAAGGUGACCUGGAUGCGGAGGAUGCGCAUCCUGCGCAGGCUGCUCCGGAGAUAUCGGGAAUCUAAGAAGAUUGACCGCCACAUGUACCACAGCCUGUACCUGAAGGUGAAGGGGAACGUGUUCAAGAACAAGCGGAUCCUCAUGGAGCACAUCCACAAGCUGAAGGCGGACAAGGCCCGCAAGAAGCUGCUGGCUGACCAGGCCGAGGCUCGCAGGUCAAAGACCAAGGAAGCGCGCAAGCGCCGCGAGGAGCGCCUGCAGGCCAAGAAGGAGGAAAUCAUCAAGACCCUGUCCAAGGAGGAGGAGACAAAGAAGUAGCACCCUGUGUGUACAGAGCAGACCGGUCCCGAAUAAAACUGUUGUCCAUUCC